AUGCCUAUCAAGAUUCCGAAAGGAUUCGCUCGCCGGAAGUCGUCCGGUAAUGCCCUGGAGGAAGUGGAAACCCCCCGGGAGCCCUCUUUUCGGGUGUUUGAACGGCCCUCUGCUGGGGGAGUCGACGGGGUCAACGCAAAGAGAGCCAGUGAAUCGAAUCUAUUAAAUCCGGCUUCUGAUGACUCUGAUAAUAUCUUCGCGGACCUCGAGAAACGCCAAGGGAAAGAUCGUGGUAGUGGUGCGACCAACAACUCCGACUCCACAGCUCCCUACGAUAGCUCCUCCUCUGCUCGAUACAGCUCAUCCUCUACACUGCCGUCGACGGACGCACCUAUCCACAAGGAACAGGGGAACGGGCACUCGAGGCCCUUCCAUGACAUUCCUCUACCUCCAGUGAUUGGGUCGCAGUUCUCUUUUCGUGCAGCCGGACGAACGUUCUCCUUCGGCAGCAAGGCUCCUAGGGUAUCAACGCCCCCAUCACGAGGCUCUGCGGUUGCAUCUGGCGCACGUGAUCGGGCCAUGACCGCCAGCACCGCCAGUACAGCCACGCCCCCUCGACUGCUGGACUCCGAUUUGAAGCUGGAGAAAGUGGAAGAUGAUGACUUUGGAAACAUGUUCCAGGACUUCGGGAAGUCCGAGCAGGCGUCUUCGAAUGUGCAAAAUGCGGACGUGACAGAUCACCCCCCGCCAAUGCCAGCCAAGGGAUCUCGAUCCUCUCAGCUACCUCCCAUCGAGGUCGACAGAUCGAAAGAAGUGGAGCCGUCUCCGUACUCGUGGGAGAGCCGUAACUCUCAGGACGGCCUGCUAGGACAAGAAGAUAACAUGUUCGCCAGCAGAAGCUUGACCCAAUCCAAUACCAUGCCGCUCACCGGAGGACGGCGAUCUUUGACUCCAUCCAGCUCCAUGCCACUACCCACAACUUCUCAUCGAGCUUUGGACAAGCCUAGUCGCGACUCGACACUACGAAGGAGCACUGCUUAUACCGGCAGACGUGGCUCGACUCCCGCAGACGAGCUGGAUGUGAGACUGGUGAUGGAGGCGGUCUCGUUGAACUCCCGGAGUCAGACUCCAGCAGUGCUGGAAGAGGACAACGACGAAACGUCAUCUCUGUUCGACAGCAGAGACGCCGAUUUCACGAGCACUUGGCAUCACGGGAAAUCUAGCCAGGCUGUCGAUGGUCCUAACGAGUCCUCUAUAGCCGAUCAUGCACGGUUGGCGUCACAAUACGAGGAUAAGGAGUCCACCACCCCCCAAGCGACACCUAAAGUUAUGACGCCGGCCCAGUUCGAGCGGUACCGACAGCAGCGAGAGCUCACAAGGACGAAGAGUGAUGCCUCCAUGAGUGACGCAUCCGAUGCUAGCAAUGAUUAUGACGACGAAGAUGAAGCAGAGAAGAACAUGGAGGCUGCAAGACAAAGGCGCAAGCAAGAAGCUCACCUUUCCAUCUAUCGCCAGCAGAUGAUGAAGGUGACCGGGGAGCAAGCUCCUGGUCCCUCUCUCCGUCCGAAUAUGGACCGAUUGAGCAGCAGUACUCCUAACCUCAUGAACCGCAUGUCCUCGUUGGGACUUCCUGCCGACAAAUCAGGCAGUGGCAAGACUAGCGAGGCUGACGACGACGAUGACAUUCCUCUGGGAAUUUUAGCGGCACACGGAUUUCCUAACAAGAACCGCCCUCCGACACGCCUGGGCACGUCGAGUUCGAUUCCUAAUCUUCGAGCCUCAUUCGUUGGUCAACCUGCAUCACCUGGCUCCGUAGCUGGGGAUGGCUCUGGCAAUAGAGGAAGCUUGCCUCCCUUUGCACGGAACCUACCACGAGACCCUUAUUUUGGUGCUAGUAUAGUCACCCCUGCGAAUAGGGAACCGCUUGAAAUUCGAGGAGGAGCAUCUGUUUAUGGCGGACCCUCCCCAGCAUUACCACCCGGGGGCCUUGUGGGAGUCAUUGCAACCGAAGAGAGGGCGAGAGCGAUGAGGCGAGGCAGUCCGAACACGCAGGCAUUUGCACCAUCUCUUGGAACGUCACCCGGAGGGUUACCGAGACCUCAUACAAUGAUGCAUAUGGGACCAACUUUGGCUCCUCCUCAGCAGGGAAUCUCCCCCGCAGAACAGGCGCAACUCCAGAUGUCUCAGCAGAUGACCCAAAUGAUGCAGAUGCAGAUGAAUUGGAUGCAGUCCAUGAUGCAAAUGCAAGCUAUGCAGAGUGGAGUGCAACCGCCGAUGAACAAUGCUAACCUUGCUCCUCCCAUGCCACCUGUUAAUAUGCGCCCGAUGUCUAUGCCCGCAGCGGCGGCUCUAAACAACCCUCCUUCUCGACUGGCAGAUCAGCGCACACUCAGCAUGCUAGAUCCAAGCAUGUCUGCUCGCUGGAAUAACAGCACAUUUUUGUCCCCCAACGGCGUUAACGGCCUGAAUGUGCCUCAAGGGCAAGGUUAUGCUCCAUCCAUCGCCCCUUCGGAGCGUAGCAACGUCGGAUUAGCCCCGCGAUAUCGACCAGUAUCCACGAUUCAGCCUGACCAGAAACCGGCGAAUCGCGCGUCCACUUUUACAUCCUCAACCUUGAAGCCCUGGAACGAUGAGAACCAGAGGCCCGGAUUUUCGCCCCGUUCAAAGUCGGCCAAGCCCACCUCCAUGGCAACUGUUACUGUCCGGCCGAUCAGUAGUACAGACAGGACGUCCACUCCUAGCAGAAACGCCGCGUCUGAUGACGAUGAUGAGGAAGGCUGGGCGGAAAUGAUGAAGCAGCGCGAAAAGAAGAAGAGCGGUUGGAAGCUGAAGAGAGGAACAACCGGUAACUUGGGGGAACUCUUGCACGCGGUGCACUAA